UUCUCCUUCUUCUUCACUUUAUACUUCCAUUCUUCUUAAGAAAUUAAUUCACACACACAUACACACACACAAUAUAUAUAACAUAUAGAUAGAUAGAUGGAGGAGAAGUUUGGGCAGAGCCACCUGUUUAUGACAGUUUUCCUGCAUUGCUUUGCCUCUCGAAUGGUGGCUCCGGUGAUCACCGACGUCACGAUGGCGGCGGUUUGCCCCGGCCAAGAUGAAUGCUCCUUUGCUGUAUACCUCACCGGAGCUCAACAUGCGAUUAUAGGAUUGGGAUCAGUUGUUGUGAUGCCGGUAAUAGGGAAGCUGUCCGACACCUACGGCAGAAAAUUCAUGCUCACUCUCCCUCUCACUCUCUCAAUCUUUCCUCUAGCGAUACUGGCGUACAAGAGAACAAGAUAUUACUUGUACGCCUACUACAUGCUCAAAACCGUGAUCGCCAUGGCCACAGAAGGCAGCGUCCUGCUCCUUGCUCUUGCAUAUGUGGCAGACAACGUUGAAGAAAGCAGACGAGCUUCAGUGUUUGCCAUAAUGUCAGGCUUCUCAUCUGCUUCCUUCGUCUUAGGAAACCUCUCCGCUCGCUUCCUCUCCACUUCAGCUACAUUUCAAGUUGCAGCUGGCAUGUCUGUAAUAGGAUUGGUGUACAUGAGAUUGUUUCUUCCGGAAUCAAUGUCGAGAAAUGUUUCGGAAAAUGAUUGUCUGCUCGAAAAAUCUCCAUCGAAAAAAUGGAAGCUUUUCAUGACUGUGGAUUCACUACAUGAGGCUAUUUGCUUAUUAAGGAUUAGCCCCACAUUGUCGAAAGCUGCAGUUAUUGCGUUCUUCAGCACCAUGGCAGAUGUUGGACUCUAUUCUUCUUUGAUGUACUACUUAAAGGCUCGAUUUCACUUCAACAAAGAUCAAUUCUCUGAUCUGAUGAUAAUUAGUGGCAUUGCUGAAUCUAUGUCACAGCUGAUUGUGAUGCCUAUUCUAACUCCUCUUCUGGGAGAAAGAAAGAUGAUUUCUCUAGGGCUAUUCUCCAGCUGUGCUUGUAUGGUAGUUUAUAGCAUCGCAUGGUCGCCUUGGGUUCCUUAUGUUGCUGCAACGAUCUCCAUUUUUUCAAUUUUUACUUAUCCAUGUCUGAGAAGCAUUGCAUCCAUACAAACAGGACCAAGUGAGCAGGGAAAGGCUCAAGGCUGCAUUUCCAGCAUAUGUUCCUUAGCCAACAUCUUCUCUCCUCUUGCUUUCAGCCCUUUAACAGCUCUGUUUAUAUCAAAUAAUGCCCCCUUUAACUUUCCUGGGUUCAGUAUUCUGUGCUCUAGCUUCCUUGCUGUUAUAGCUUUCGCGCAGAGCAUCACUAUAAGGUUACCUCCAGCUGAAAAUUGCUGCAUUAUCAGCAAGAAUUUAGUCUGAUUGCUCAGCAACUUGGCCAAGGAAUAUUAUCAUAUACUAUUAUGGUUAAUCAUAGCUAGCUUGUGUCCCCGAUUUACAGUGUUUUCUAAAAAAUAUUUCCAAAACUUACAUUUUCACUUUAAAACUCAAUUUUAAAGAAAAUUUGAUUUAA